AUGGUUCUCAAACUCCUUCUCUCACUCUGUACCGUCGUCCUGGUUGCUGCCGAACCCGUCCUCUUCGAGCCCGACCCUUUUGCCGGCAUGCGGCAGCAGCUAAGGGGGCCCGCAGAGGAUCUUGAUCCUGUUGGUGACACUGUCGAAGAAGAUGGGCGCAGUGAGAAGUGGCUGAGGGACAUAAGCACCCGGACCAAGAACCAUUUCAAAAAGCUCCUGCAGCCUCUUCAGACUCCCAUCGUGCAGGAGUACCAGGUGUUGACCAUACUCGAUGGAUACGUCAACUACACGAUGCAGCUGGUUGCCAAUGCCACGGGCCAUGAAGUCGUUUGGAACCGGACAGGCCGUUGGCUUUCGGAGGAGCCCCGUGCGCUGAGGCCCAGGAAGCAGGAGCUACCGCCCAGAGCGCGGUACAUCAAUAAGAUCUUGCUCUACCUGAACAAGGAGAUGGAGGUAGUGUGGAAUCUCGUCCGGGUUAAGGUUCUGCCAACUCGGUUAGUCGAGGGCGUCGAGGAGUGCGGACCAGUCGGGGACGCUUUGGCUGCAGCCGGUGGCUCCAUGGCUCAACUUCAUGCAUUGUGGACAGGAAGCGGUGGGGUGUCGGAAAUGUUGUCACCUCCUCGCCCUAUGGCCCGCAUGGUGAACACCCAGAGCGCUGGAGAGCAAAUGGACAAGAGAAUCAACUUGGUGUUCCAUAUCAAGCCUGAUGUUGAAGAGCACGAGAACAAGUACGCAAAGCAACUCCAGGCCGACUAUGAGUCCUUGGUCCGCAACAUCAACGAUGCAAGUCAGAAGAUCAGCGAUCUCCGGACCAGACUCUGGAAGAUGGAAGACUUUGCAAAGCAGUUCAUCGCCCUUCCGUCCGGCGUGUGGAACAAGAUCGAUGCGAACUGUAAGGUGCCUUGUCACCUGGCUCGGUUUUGCGCAUUUUGGUGCCCACAAGAGGCACGACCCAUAGAGGCUUUGAUGCUGCGUGAUGCUCACGUCUUGGAGUGCCUUUCACAGUGCCAGGCCCUGUCGUGUCCAGCGGAAACGAGCAGCCGCAUAAUCCCCGCAGCUGAGCAAGCAGGAUCUGCUUCGAGUCCGGCGAGCGAUCCCGUUUCGAUCGUCGUAACCUCGGUUGUGGCAUUAGUCGAGCAGCAGCGGCUUGUUGGAGUUCAGGGUUUACGACCGGCAUUACUGUUUGCACGCCAGAACGUGACUUCAAAGGGCCCGCAACAACGGCGGCAAUGGCCAUACAUAUUCAAAACACAUACCGUCGCUGCUGCCACCAGCAGUUGUUCGAUGCAUUAA